GCGGCGGAAAAUGGCACUCCGCGGAUUCGCAAAGGACCAGUUUAGGUGUUGGGAGGCGACCGGCGCUCUGCGCGUGCGCUUCGGUUCCCGUUUCCCCUCACUCGGCGGAGCGCGCGUUUGGUGCACGCGAUCCUCCCCGCGCGUGGGAUUGUGGGUGCUCGGGUUGCCCGCCGAGGCGCGCGCGUGGAUCGAAGCACACAGGUUCGGCGGAGAGCAGGAGGAGGAGGGCGACAGAAGAGACAUCUUUUUUAAAGCGUUGAGAGUGAAUAUAUAAAACACACACACACACGUGUACAUUUCCUUUUUUUUUAGAAGGUAUUUUUUAAACCUCUCUAUGCACACCAAACACCUAUGAGUUAUCGAUCAUGUCGGUGAGGGAGACGUUCAACCCGGAGAACUAUGAGUUGGAUAAAAAUUUCCGCCUGACCCGCUUUGCCGAGCUGAAGGGGACGGGGUGUAAAGUGCCGCAGGAUGUCCUGCUCAAGCUGCUGGAGGCCCUGCAGGAGAAUCACUACCAGGAGGACGAGCAGUUCCUGGGGGCGGUCAUGCCCCGUUUGGGUAUUGGAAUGGAUACAUGUGUUAUUCCCUUAAGACAUGGCGGACUGUCUCUGGUUCAAACAACAGAUUAUUUUUAUCCCAUUGUUGAUGAUCCUUACAUGAUGGGUCGAAUUGCUUGUGCCAAUGUUCUAAGUGAUCUUUAUGCCAUGGGUGUUACAGAGUGUGACAAUAUGUUGAUGUUGCUUGGAGUCAGCAAUAAAAUGACAGAUAAGGAGCGGGACAAAGUAAUGCCACUAAUAAUACAGGGUUUUAAAGAUGCAGCAGAUGAGGCAGGUACAUCGGUAACUGGUGGACAAACGGUAUUAAACCCGUGGAUCAUUUUAGGAGGUGUGGCCACAACAGUGUGCCAACCAAAUGAAUUCAUCAUGCCGGACAAUGCAGUGCCAGGCGAUGUUUUGGUACUAACAAAACCACUUGGAACUCAAGUAGCAGUUGCUGUGCACCAGUGGCUUGAUAUACCAGAAAAAUGGAAUAAGAUUAAGCUUGUUGUCACUCAAGAAGAUGUGGAGUUGGCCUACCAGGAAGCAAUGAUGAACAUGGCACGAUUAAACAGAACCGCUGCUGGCCUUAUGCACACCUUCAAUGCACAUGCAGCCACGGAUAUUACAGGCUUUGGGAUUCUUGGGCAUGCUCAGAACCUGGCAAAACAGCAACGAAAUGAAGUGUCAUUUGUGAUCCAUAACCUUCCUGUCCUUGCGAAGAUGGCAGCAGUGAGCAAAGCAUGCGGGAAUAUGUUUGGAUUAAUGCAUGGCACUUGCCCUGAAACAUCAGGAGGCCUUUUGAUCUGUCUUCCACGGGAACAAGCAGCUCGGUUUUGUGCAGAAAUAAAAUCACCAAAAUAUGGCGAAGGAUAUCAGGCGUGGAUAAUUGGGAUUGUGGAGAAGGGCAAUCGUAGUGCCAGGAUCAUUGACAAACCACGGAUCAUCGAAGUAGCUCCAACAAUUGCAACACAAAACGUUAAUCCAACUCCUGGUGCCACGUCUUAAAAGAAAAAAUGCACACAGAAAAGGUGACUUGUUGCAGUUCUGAUGCCAUCCCAAGCAACUUUGUAAAUUUAACUUGUCUGCCUUGUGUUGGCCUUUUGGCAGAUCAUGCGUGGAUAUUAAAAAAAAAUCCAUUGCCCUGUUUUUCUGUUACAUUAACUGAAGAUGCACCUAAUACUAAGGCAGCUUCUAAGUUGAGAACUUAAUAUCCAAUACUGUUGAUUCAUUUUGAAUCUUUAGACACUUACUGUCUGUGCCGCAUAGGCUCUCUUAAAGUGCUUCACAUAGAGCACACCUUACCAACAGCAGUGCAGCAGCAUUUCAUUUGUCUGAUCACUAUAUUAGAUGAAAACUACUUGUCAGCAAAUUUGUUGCCUUGAAAGCUUUUCAGAAAGAGUUACAGUUGUUAUAACGAUUAAUGGAAUGCAGCAGUUUGCAUGAUUUCAUUUGGUCUUUGGUUUGUAAUGUUUUUUCACAUUGUUAAGAUGUAUUGUUAGUGUUGACUUGACUCAGUUGAUCUGUCUGUAAAAAUGAGUAGGUCCUCUGUGCUAUAUUCGCAUGGCCAGCACUUCACUUGGAAAAGAAAUGUUUCUUUCCAGUAUGGUAAAUCUUAAACAAUAAUGUUAUCAUGGUAUGUUUUCUAUUAUUUUGUAGCAAACACGUGUUAGUUUACACUGUGGUUCGCUGUUUUAUCAUGCAGAAAAUGUUACAGACCAAACGAAAGGCUACUGUAAAAUACUCUAAGAUUGAAGCUCAGAAUGAACUACACUAUGACUUUUUAAAAAUAUAAUAAUCAAUUAUGUUGA